AUGGGUUCUCUGGUCCUGCAGCUGAGCGCUGUCCUCUGCCUGGUGGCUCACUCGGUUUCUGGCAGCCCCAUCAUGGGCCUUGAGCAGUCACCCCUGGAAGAAGACAUGCCUUUCUUCGAUGAUAUCUUCACAGAGCAAGAUGGUAUUGACUUUAACACACUGCUGCAGAGCAUGAAGGACGAAUUUCUCAAGACAUUGAACCUGUCAGACAUUCCCCUGCAGGACACAGCCAAAGUGGAUCCGCCAGAGUACAUGCUGGAACUCUACAACAAAUUCGCCACUGACCGGACCUCUAUGCCGUCAGCUAACAUCAUCCGGAGCUUCAAGAAUGAAGAUCUGUUUUCUCAACCGGUCAGUUUUAAUGGGCUCCGGAAAUACCCUCUCCUCUUCAAUGUGUCCAUCCCUCACCAUGAAGAGGUCAUCAUGGCUGAACUCAGGUUGUACACACUGGUACAAAGGGAUCGUAUGAUGUAUGACGGUGUGGACCGUAAGAUCACCAUUUUUGAAGUGCUAGAGAGUGUCGAGGGUGCUGAGGAUGAAAGGAGCAUGCUGGUGUUAGUGUCAACAGAGAUCUACGGAACCAACAGUGAGUGGGAGACAUUUGAUGUCACAGAUGCCACCAGGCGUUGGCAGAAGUCCGGCCCAGCGACCCAUCAGCUGGAGAUCCACAUCGAGAGCACACAGAACCAAGCUGAGGACACUGGAAGGGGACAACUGGAGAUAGACAUCAGUGCCCAGAAUAAGCACGACCCUCUGCUUGUCGUGUUCUCUGAUGACCAAAGCAAUGACAAGGAGCAGAAAGAGGAACUAAACGAAAUGAUCACUCAUGAGCAGGAUCUGGACCUGGACACCGACGGUUUUUCCAGCGGGCCUGACGAAGAGGCCUUGUUGCAGAUGAGGUCUAACAUGAUCGACGACUCUACUGCUCGAAUCAGAAGGAACGCCAAGGGCAAUUACUGCAAGAAGACCCCACUCUACAUCGACUUCAAGGAGAUUGGCUGGGACUCCUGGAUCAUCGCGCCACCUGGGUACGAAGCCUAUGAAUGCCGCGGUGUCUGUAAUUACCCUCUGGCGGAGCACCUCACACCCACAAAACAUGCCAUUAUCCAGGCCUUAGUCCAUCUCAAGAAUUCCCAGAAAGCUUCCAAAGUCUGCUGUGUGCCCACGAAGCUGGAUCCCAUCUCUAUCCUCUAUUUAGAUAAAGGUGUUGUUACCUACAAGUUUAAAUAUGAAGGAAUGGCCGUGUCUGAAUGUGGCUGCAGAUAGGAGUCCCAUGGCUUAUUUAAUAACUGCAAAUGUGUAUAUUUUGUGUUCUAUUUAAUGAGACUAUUUAAUGAAGGUGUACAGACAAUAGAGGUUGCCAUCUUAGGGAAGUGGACAGGUCAAGUGUGCUGUAGAAAAUGUGUAUUUUGCUAUACAAUCCGGUCCCUUCCACUUAUCUUGUUUGGACUCUCAUUUCCCAGUGAUACAUCUCUAACAACAAACGAAGGCCUGUAUCACUUAUCCUCUGUGCCAGUUUGGAAAGAGCAGCCCCUAAACACACAGUUCAACACACAGAUAUUUGUGCAUGUUUGUGCAAGUGCACAUGAACUUAUAAAAAUCUUUUUGUCCAAAA